AUGUCUGCUCUCUUAACAACGAAUGAUUUUGAUGAAAAUAUUGCAUCAGUUGAUUUUAUUCCAUCUGAUCCAAAUGCCACAUUUUAUUUUUUACCAAAUGGUAUUGGUAAAGAUCGUCGUAUAAUAUUUACAAAUGCUUUUGUACGUUUUCAUCUUCAAUUAUUAACAUCACCUGAGAAUGCUCGUUUUAUUAUUGUUGAUGAACAAUUCGAUGUAUCGAAAGUAUAUCCAUUAUUAAAAUUAAAUCCAACAGAUUAUAUUGAAAAACCACCACCAAUUAUUAUUCAAACAAAAUGGUUAAGUGAUUCAUUAAAAGAAAAACAUUUAGUUCCAUUAACAAAAGAUUAUAUUAUUCGUCCACUUCUUAUACGAAAAAAAGCAAUGCCAUCAUUUUCCCAACAACCAGCUGUAGAAGAAAAAAAUUUUAUUCGAAAUAAACCUAAACGAAGAUUAUCCGAUGAUGCACCUCAAGGUGGAUGUGCUACACAAGUUAAACAAAGACGUUAUUCAUCUGAUGAAGAUCAAGAUCAUGAUAUAAUGGAUGAUUAUAAUGAUACAGUUAAAAAUCCAUAUAAAAAUGGUGAAUUACCAAAAGGUAAUUGGAUGUGCUCAAUGUCUUCUCAAACAGCAAAAAAGAAUACGGAAAUUAAUAAAGAUAUUAUUGAUAAACUUCAAGCAAUGGGAGAUCUCUAUGGAAAGACAAAUGAUAAAUGGCGUGCAUACUCAUAUCAAAAAGCAAUUACAACUAUUCGUCGAUGUACACAUCGAAUUAAUUCAUAUGAAGAAAUAAUUAAAUUACCUGGUAUUGGUGAAAGUUUAGCUAAAAAGAUUUGGGAAAUAAUUGAUACAGGUAGUUUUGAAAAACUUGAAGAUUUUCAAUCAUCUGAAUAUAUGAAUGUUAUAACUUUAUUUGGUAAUGUAUGGGGAUGUGGACCAAAUAUUGCUAAACAAUGGUAUGAUCAGGGUUUUCGUACACUUGAUGAUCUUCGUACAAAAGCAAAAUUAUCAGAUAAUCAACAAGUUGGAUUAAAAUAUUAUGAUGAAUUUCUUGAACGAAUGCCACGAAAUGAAGUUUGUGAAAUCGAAGCUGUGGUAAAAGAACAUGCACUUGCAUUAGUACCUGAUCUUAUUAUUCAAACAUGUGGUUCAUAUCGUCGUGGUAAACCAACUUGUGGAGAUGUUGAUAUUUUAAUUACCCAUAUCGAUGGAAUAUCACAUGAAGGGCUUCUUAUUCCAUUAAUUGAUUCCUUAAAAAAAUCUGGAUUUUUAACGGAUGAUCUUGUCCUAUCAUCAUCGGAUAAAUAUGAAGAAGAUAGCGGUUCUCAUGUGAAAUAUUAUGGUGUUUGUCUUUUGCCCGGUGAAAAUAGAAAACAUCGUCGUCUUGAUAUUAUUAUUAUUCCACAUGAUGAAUAUGCUUGUGCUUUACUUUAUUUUACUGGUAGUGCAUUAUUUAAUCGAUCAAUGAGAGCUUUAGCACAUCGAUAUAACAUGUAUUUAUCUCAACAUCGUCUUAAUACUGGUGUUAUUCGUAAGAAUAAUUCAAAAAUCAAUACGGGCACACCAUUAUACACUCCAACAGAAGAAUCUAUUUUUAAAUAUCUUAAUUUACCUUAUCGACCACCAGAAGAACGUGAUCAUUAA